GCGGGAAACUCUGGGUUCCUUCUCCUCGGAGUCUGCUCCGAAGCGCGCCAGUCAUUGACGUCACACGUGACGUAACGACAUGGCGGAAAUGUGUCUUCUCAUGGAAUACUGGUGCUCGCUCAUAGGACUGAAGAUGUUUUUUUAAGAGCGGUGUGGUAUGAACGGUCUUAGGAACAGGUUGUUUAAGAAGUUGUGUAGAUUAUGUAAUCCAGGUGUUUACUCCACAACCAUUGGAGUUAAUUUCCUAGCAGCAUGGCCCUACUCUGCGUAACUGUGAGAAGAGCUGCUUUGGUUGGCACUGCAAAUCAGUUCAAUACCUAUGUUACCCUAAAACUGCAAAAUGUGAAGUCCACAACAGUAGCAGUAAAGGGCAACAAUCCCACUUGGGAAACAGACUUCCUGUUUGAAACCAACAGGAUGGACAUUGGUCUCAUUAUUGAAGUCUGGAACAAGGGGAUGGUAUGGGACAAACUUUUAGGCUUGCAAUGGUUGCCUCUCACUCGAGUCAAAUACUCAAAUGAGGUGGGUGAAGGUCAGUGGUUAUCACUUGACCAAGAGUUGAUGAUGGAGGAGGGGGAGGUGGUCGGAACCAAAGUGCCUACUGGACACAGUCUUCUCCUCGAGACUCACUUUGAACUUCCAUGUGAUGACUUAGAGGGGGAGGAGCUCAUGAAAAAGCUGGACCUCUUGAACCAAAUACUGGGUGAAGAGAUUUCAAGCUUAAGGGAACAAGAUAGAAGACAUAAUUUUUCACUUAAUUCUGGCGUCUCUGAAGAUAGCGAUUACACCAGUGAUGUCAGCUACCCCACGGUUCAACACCCAAGUGCCUCCGUCCACCAUCCUAACAGUUCGGCCUCCCAAUAUGGCGGAGCUGCAGAGAUCACCCGCAGGGCUUCCGAGUAUUCCUUUCCCAGAGACAGGGAUAAGUAUAUUGAACAUGGUAAUAGUUAUGAAACAGAGUACGAAAAUGCUCCUGUUAAUUCUAGGGAUCGAAUUGACUAUAUGGAUAGAAAUUCUUUAACUGAAGAUCCUUUGUAUUAUAAUAGUCGACCAAAUCAUCGUAUGAAUUCGCACAGCACUGACCGAUCACGCUCAACUAGAUCCACUUCCGGUUAUGACAACAGCCUUAGUUUAGAUUACGAAAGUGACAUGCGUUAUUCAUUUGAAACUGAUAGAAGUUCUAGACAUUGCCAUUGGGAAGAGGACACAAUAGAUACUGAAACUGAUAAAAAAAUGUUAGAACGUUUUCAGAGUUCUAAUAGGCGGCGUAGUCUUGAAAGACAAACAGGAUUUGAUGAAUCUGUGCACGACCGUUUCAUUGAGCAAUAUAAUCCUGAGGACUACAAAUAUAGAGAAAGUCCAGAAGCAUAUCCCCAAAGUAGUUUUGAUAGUUAUCCUAGUUUCAGAGAAGAUUCAGUUUCAACUGAAUGGGAUAAAAGUAGUCGAUAUACCACCCCACAGCAUAGCUACGCAGAAUCAGAUGUGUAUUACAUGUCACAGUGGAAUGGCGAAGGCGCUGAUCCAGCAACGCCAAAGGCUGUUAGCAAAUUCCCCACCGACGAAUCAAGAACUGAUUGGAGUAAAGUCAAUGGAACAGUUGGUGCUAGGACUGGGAAGCGUCUUCCUGAAGUGGAAGACUGGCACAAGGAUAGUACCAGUAGUGAGUGGAAGAAAGGCAGCCUUGAUUCUCAGUGGAGUAAAGACAGUUCUAAAGACUGGAAUCAAGACACUCCAGUUGUAAAAGAACCACCCAAACUUAGUAGACCUAGUUGGAUUGAAGAAACUCCAACUAAAGUUGAAAGAGUGCUUCCAGAAACAUCAAAGAAUGCUGCUGACCAUUGGAGUGAUAAUUCAUUGGACACAAACAAAGAGGUCGAUAGGUGGAACAGUCAAGCAGUUGAACCUAAUAAACGAGAUAAUGAUAGGUGGAAUACAAAUAGUGUUGAAACUGUCAAAGAGGUUGAUCAAUGGGACAGGCAAUCUAAAUCUAGUAAAGAAGAUCAGUGGAAUAAUCAUCCAUCGGAACCCGUCAAGGAAGUCGAUAGGUGGACUAAUCGCACUGUUGUAGAAACUGAAAAAGAUAGCAAUAAGUGGAAUAGUCCAAAAGUAGAAACACCUACAAAAAUGGACAGAAGAAAUAGUAAAAAAUUAGAUGCAGGAAAAGCAGCGGAGAGGAGGAACAGCUCUGUAUCCAUAACUAAAAAUGGUGAACAAUGGACCAACCACCCAACAGAAAUAAAAACUGAUCUCUGGAACGAAACAAUAGAACCAAUCAAAGAGGAUGAUAUGUGGGAUGAAAGAACUAACAAAGAACCCAUUAGAAAUGCUGAGAGAUGGAAGAACCAAGCCGAUGAUGCCAUUAAUAACGGUUGGAGUGAGGAGACUAUUGUUCAAGACUGGGCUGAUGAACCAAUGUCAAACCACCAAAUGGACUCUUUAAUCAGUGAAUGGCAAGAUGACAACGAAAGAAACGAAUGGGUGCCGGAUGAAGAGGAAGAGAAGGAAUUUGAGAAUGAACAUACAAAGCCAGAGUUUCCAGAUAUACAGAUUAAGGAGCCAUCUAUUAAUGAUAUUAAUGGUAAAGAGGUUGAAAAUGAUGUCAGUUAUAAGAUUCAAACCACAGACUCAAUCGAUUAUGAAUCGACUUUGACUGUUAAUGGUAAAGAUGAGGAUAUGGUUCUAAAUCGAAGACCCAGUAUUAUAUCUAUGAAAGGUGUUCCUCCUUCAUUAGCUAUUGUUCCUGAUCUGACUAUUGAAAUGGUAUUGCCAAAAUCAGAAGUUUCAGAAAUCAUAAUUGAUGAUGGGGAUCCAAAUAUGUCCAGGGCAAAACGUCGAUGGAUCAACGCUUUCAACAAGAUCGUUGCUCAACUAAAUGAGAGUGGGAAUGCUUUAAGGGGAAAUUCCACAGACGCGGUUCGCAGUCUUUGGCCAAAAGAUGGCGGACCAGGGGAUAACCCCUUCUACAGCAACAUCGAUUCCAUGCCUGACAUUCGACCCAGGCGGAAAUCAAUUCCACUGGUUAGCGAAUUGGUGCUUAAGACCAUGGCCGCUACUAAGAGAAAUGCUGGUCUUACAUCAGCAGUCCCUAGAGCCUCCUUGAACGAUGAGGAAUUGAAAACACACGUGUACAAGAAGACACUCCAAGCCUUGAUCUACCCUAUCUCGAGUACGACGCCGCACAACUUCCAACCUUGGACGGCCACCAGUCCAACAUAUUGCUACGAGUGUGAGGGCCUUCUGUGGGGUAUCGCCAGACAGGGGGUCCGAUGCACAGAAUGCGGUGUCAAAUGUCACGAGAAGUGCAAGGACCUGCUCAACGCCGACUGCCUCCAACGUGCUGCUGAGAAAAGCUCAAAGCACGGGGCUGACGACAAAGCUAAUAAUAUUAUUAUGGCCAUGAAAGAACGAAUGAAGAUAAGAGAAAGAGACAAACCAGAAAUUUUUGAGCUUAUCAGGAUGACCUUUACCAUUGACCCCGACACUCAUAUCGACGCUCUGCAGCAGGGCGAGGCUCAAAUAAUGGAGGGGACCAGCAAGUGGUCAGCCAAGAUAGCCAUCACAGUGAUAUGCGCGCAAGGUCUGAUAGCCAAAGACAAAAGCGGGACCAGUGAUCCAUACGUGACGGUGCAAGUGGGCAAGACGAAGAAACGCACACGCACAAUGCCCCAGGACCUCAAUCCCGUAUGGAAUGAAAAAUUCUAUUUCGAGUGCCACAACUCUUCCGAUCGCAUCAAAGUACGAGUGUGGGAUGAAGACAAUGACUUGAAGUCGAAGUUGCGGCAGAAGCUGACCAGGGAGUCAGAUGACUUCUUAGGACAAACCAUCAUCGAAGUACGCACACUCAGUGGAGAGAUGGAUGUAUGGUAUAAUCUAGAGAAGCGUACAGAUAAAUCUGCUGUAUCUGGAGCAAUCCGCCUGCAUAUCAGUGUUGAAAUUAAGGGUGAAGAAAAAGUAGCGCCUUAUCAUGUUCAGUACACUUGCUUGCAUGAGAACCUUUUCCAUUACUUGUGCGAACAAAAUGAAAACGGGGAUGUCAAGCUUCCCGAAGCUAAAGGAGACGAUGCAUGGAAAGUAUAUUUCGAUCAACCAGCUCAAGACAUUGUUGACGAAUUCGCCAUGAGAUACGGUAUCGAAUCCAUUUACCAAGCCAUGACCCACUUCCACUGCCUUUCCACCAAAUACAUGUGCCAAGGAGUCCCAGCGGUGAUGAGCACCCUUUUGGCGAACAUCAAUGCCUAUUACGCCCACACAGCCGCCUCCUCAGCCGUCUCCGCUAGUGAUAGAUUCGCUGCCUCCAAUUUCGGAAAGGAGAAAUUCGUCAAGCUUUUGGACCAACUACAUAAUUCCUUAAGAAUAGAUUUAUCCAUGUAUCGAAAUAAUUUCCCUGCUUCAAGUCCAGAAAAGCUUCAAGACUUGAAGUCCACUGUAGAUUUAUUAACUAGCAUCACCUUCUUUAGGAUGAAAGUACAGGAACUGUCGAGUCCACCCCGGGCAAGCACCGUGGUUAAAGACUGCGUUAAGGCCUGCUUGCGGUCCACUUAUCAGUUCCUGUUCGAGAACUGCUACGAUUUGUACGGGCGGGAGUUCCAGGUAGAACCUCAAGACAAGAACAGAGAGGAAGAUCAUGGACCCAGCCUCCACAACCUCGACUUCUGGCACAAACUGAUCGCCCUCAUGGUAUCUGUGAUAGAGGAGGACAGGAACAGCUAUACACCCGUUCUCAACCAAUUUCCUCAGGAGCUCAACUGUGGUCAGCUGAGUGCCGGCACCAUGUGGUCCUUAUUUGCAAUAGAUAUGAAAUACGCCCUCGAAGAACAUGAGGCGCAUAGGUUUUGCAAAAGUUCUGCGUAUAUGAAUCUCCAUUUUAAAGUGAAAUGGUUUUAUACUAAUUAUGUUAAAGACGUCCCUUCAUACAAAGAAACAGUACCUGAAUAUGCUACGUGGUUCGAACCAUUUGUGAUGCAAUGGCUGAAUGAAAAUGACGAUGUUUCCUUGGAAUACCUCAACAGUGCCUUUUUGAGAGAUAAGAAAGAUGGGUUCAGCCAGAGUUCAGAGCAUGCGUUGUUCUCUAAUUCUGUUGUUGAUGUGUUCACGCAGUUGACGCAGUGUUUCGAUGUGAUAAGUAAAUUAGAAUGUCCAGAUCCAGAACUGAUCAAAAGAUAUAUGAAGAGAUUUGCCAAGACGAUAGUGAAGGUGCUAACUGCUUAUGCUGAUAUAGUUAAAAAAGAAUUUCCAAAUUUUAUUAGCCAAGAAAAAACAGCUUGUAUAUUAAUGAACAAUAUUCAACAACUGCGGGUACAGUUGGAGAAAAUGUUCGAAUCCAUGGGUGGAGAAAAGCUGGACGAUGAGGCUGCUGGCAUCCUCAACGAGCUACAACAACAACUGAAUACCGUAUUAGAUGAUCUUAGCGUCAUUUUCGCCAAAAGCUUGGAAGGGACGAUUAGAGAAAGCAUGCAGGAGUUGUCUGCUUUGCUAUCUGCAGUCAAAGGCACGGGUCAAGUCUCUAUGAAUCAAGUGUCGCAGAGGAAUGAAGUAAUGGCUGAAGCCGACCACGUCCUCCACCCACUCAUGGACAUCUUGGAUGGAAAGCUUUCCAUGUUCUACCAAGUCUGCGAACGCACAGUACUUAAACGCCUACUCAAAGAACUAUGGAAGAUUGUGAUAACUACCAUGGAAAAAAUAGUGGUUUUGCCACCCAUAUCUGAAAAGAAUGUGAUACUCCCUAACCUUCCCAAUGCCAAAAUAGAAGAUAUGGGUCGACUUCUCCGAAACCACGUCACCGCCACCACGAAAUUGCCUUCAGCUCUAGGCGUUAUGGUUGAGAAGAACUUGACGCCAAAGCAGUGUGCCGUGCUCGACGUAGCACUCGAUACCAUCAAACAGUACUUCCAUGCAAACGGGAACGGCCUGAAGAAGGCAUUCCUGGACAAGAGUGCAGAACUGCAAUCCCUCCGAUACGCCCUCUCUCUCUACACGCAGACCACGGACACACUCAUCAAGACAUUCGUCACGACUCAACUCAAACAAGAUGCUCCGACAGCUGAAGAGGGAAGUGUGGGUGAAGUAUCCAUCCAAGUCGAUCUCUUCACUCAUCCUGGUACAGGAGAGCACAAAAUUACCGUAAAAGUUGUGGCGGCUAACGAUUUGAAGUGGCCUAGCACCAGCAUGUUCCGGCCAUUUGUUGAGGUGAACCUAAUCGGGCCACAUUUAAGUGACAAACGAAGAAAGCACGGUACAAAAUCCAAAAAUAAUAAUUGGUCACCCAAAUACAACGAGACAUUUCACUUCAUUAUCGGUAAUGAAGAAGAACCAUCUUCUUUUGAAUUGCAUAUCUGUGUAAAAGACUAUUGCUUCGCUCGCGAAGACCGCUUGGUGGGAGUAGCCGUCAUGCAGUUGCGAGACAUCAUCGAACAAGGAAGCUGUGCAUGUUGGUUACCCCUUGGACGACGAGUCAACAUGGACGAGACGGGAUGGACAGUUCUCCGAAUUCUAUCUCAGCGCACCAACGACGAGGUCGCGAGGGAGUUUGUCAAGCUGAAAUCAGAAGUCAGGAAUGACGAGAACAUACCUGUUCAGUAAAUUACCACCCCCUUCCUCAUGUGGGAAAUAAAAAAAAUUCCGUGCUCGAACCAUAACCACACUCGUCGACCACAUUUCCUUCCAGAAGGGAAAGGUGGACUGAAAACGACGAGGUAGUCUUCGUCCGGCGGUCACGUCAUAACAAAGUUGUUCUUCCGGCAUUUGCUCAUCUUCAAUGGACACUCCUUCUUCUUCAGGACGAAGAAGACGCUCUUCUUCUUCUUCUUCGAAAACAAAGUCUUCACCACCAGUCCCCCUGGUGGCUGAAUCUUCGAUCCGUUGGUGUCUUUACUUGCAUCGAUUCUUCUUUGGUUUUUGUUUUCAUGAGUGGAUGAAAAUGCAAGUUUCGAAACAUUUUAAAGCUAGGAUCUCGCUCUCAUCUUUUACUACUUAAAACUUUUUUGCAUUCCUUGUUUUUACCAUUGCUUUACCCUUGUGUCACAUGACAAAAUAUCUAUUAAACCAGCGUCGCAAUAUAUAUAAAGAUCUCUCACAAUAAACAACUUUAUAUGGUUAUCAGUUUAAGAAUUACAAAAAUACAUUAAUAAGUUGUAAAGAAUCAUUUUACAUCUAUAACGUAGUACGAUUAAUAUGUUAUGAUGCAUAUUGAAAGGUAUUUUGAACAUGUUAUGAGGUAUUUUGAACAUGUUAUGAGGUAUUUUGAACUUGUCAUGAGAUAUUUUGCAAAAAAAAUAAUAAUAACAUUUAUGACCACUUUUUGUACCAAGAAAUAUUAUUCGCGUUAGUUAUAAAUGCAUAAAAAUUAAAUAAAGACCAAAAACUAUUAACGAAAUCCAUCUAUUUAUAGUCAUCGGUAUUCUUUUGUUACUAUUUGCGAUAAAUUAGGUUUGCUUUGCAAAUAAUUCAUCAUCACUACUAAAAAUUUCAGAAGUAAGAGGUUCAGAUUUUAGAAGAAUAUCUGAAUAAUCUGUAUAACUUUCGAUAAAAUAAUUAAAUCAAUUUUGAUAAUUUCUGUUAAAAUAACUCUUUCUGUACGAAUUCAAAGUUAAUAAAGCUAUGAAGUGAGUGUAAAAGACAUCAAGAGUGAUUUUAUCAAAAAAUAUUUUAAUUUCUUGAUUUUUUAGUUGUGUUAUGCGUGUUUCAAAUCUGCAAAUAUUAUGCUGAAAUAAGAGAAAUACCUCAUAUAAUGGUUCAAAUUUGCUACCACCAUAAGACUGUUGCCAAGUUGCGACAUUAUCAUGCAGAUUAAUCUUUCUUGAACUCUAUUGCAUGAUGGUGCAACUUGAAUGUUGUAGAAAAUUUGCAUGCUAUUAUGGAUUUACUUUAAAUCUGUUGAUUUCAUUAAGAAUAGUCUUCUGGAUAUCCGAAAAUUCAACUCUGGAUAUUCAGUAAGACACUAAACAGUUAUGUUUCGAAGCUAAGAAUUUUUAAAUUAAGAAUUUAUAUUUUUGACGACUACUUACUCAGCUUUUAUAAAGUGCAAAAAGCUGUUAACAUUUUCAAACAGAUAUUAGUUGUGUGACACGAUUUAUUUUUACUGCUUGCUGCAUUUUUUGUAAAUAUUUAGUAACGGUUUUGGAUUCUAGUUAUAUGCAAGAAUUCAUAAUUAUUUUAACUUUUAGAAGUUUGUACUCAUAAAGGGAGUUUUACUAUACACGCCAAGAUGGGAGCGAUUUCCUUUUACUUGGGAAUGCAAAGGUUUCUGUUUCAAUACCUUAUUGCUAUGAAAAUAGUGUUUGUGAUGAAGCUCCUAUUUCGACAUACGCGGCAAAGCUAUGUCUAAUAAUACUAUUGUCUGUAUAAUUUUUCUUAAGCAUAAAUUUUUUACCAACAUAUAAAUAUAUACAUAUGUAAAUGUAAAUGCUAUGUACGCAUUAAUAUAUCAUAAAUAUAACUGGAUGAUAGUGUAAAAUAAAAGGUAGGCUUCUACUCA